AACCAUUCUCUCCACAAACCUCACAACUCCGAUCCCUCCUUUUAUUCCUUCCCUCCACUUCAAUUCUCAACCCCCAUUCCCAUAAGUACUCAUCACAAUUUUCCAGCCAUGUCCGUCAUGGGACUUUCAGACCCGGAGAAGUUUCACAAGAAGCCAUUCCAUCGGAGAAACGACUCCGGCGAGCUGGACGUGUUCGAGGCCGCCCGAUACUUCUCUGGUGGCGGUGAAGCAGCCGGUUUUCAGGGUGGGGGGUUUCCCCACCAGAAGGUCACCAGAGAAGAGAAGCAAACAGCUUGGAGAGGAGCACGAAUUAGCCUAGAUGUGCCAAUGAGUAGAAACCAAUCACUUCCCCAGCAGUCUCAUGGAGUGGAAAAGCAAGUACUUAAAGAGAAGAAGCACAAGCAACCAAGCUCUCCAGGUGGGAAACUAGCUAGCUUUCUGAAUUCUCUGUUCAGCCAAACAGCUUCUAAGAAGAAGAAGAAAUCAAAAUCAGCCACACAGUCCAUGAAGGACAUUGAGGAGGAGAGCCCUGGUGGAAGGAGGAGGAGGAGAAGCAGCAUUAGUCAUUUCAGAAGCGCCAGCACCACAGAUUCCAAAUCAAUUUACUCUUCCUCAAGCUCCGGGUUUAGAACACCUCCUCCCUAUGCCAACGUCACCCCCACAAAGAGCUACAAGGAUCUCAGAAGCUAUUCUGAUCACAAGCAAGUUAUGUCUCUCUCGAAGUACAAUGGGUACCUGAAAUCCUCCGCUUCGCAUGAAGAAGCUCUGGAGCACAAGAGAAACAGAGAUUCCCCUGUUUGGCUGGAUGAGGAAUUCAGAUUCAGCAAUGGGAUCUCUGCAGGUGAUCACAAGUGUAAGAAUUUCUGUUCUGGGUUUGCAGAGAAAGACAGAAUUUGGGUCGAUCACAAGUACCCGUCAGAGGCGAUCAAGGAAUUGAACAAUUUCAACAGGGUGGAUGAUGAUGAUGACGAUGAUGAUGGUGCAGAGAGCGAUUCAAGCUCUGAUCUAUUUGAGUUGCAGAACUAUGACUUGGGGUAUUACUCGAGUGACCUGCCUGUGUAUGAGACUACUCGUAUGGACAGCAUUAAGAGAGGAGCACCAAUUUCCAACGGCCCCCUAUAAUUCUGUACAUGCAUGAUCUGUACUGGGACUUUAAUUUCCCCUUCUGAUUUCUUCCGAAGCUGUGGGAAGGAAAAAUGUUAAAAUUCUUGUCCAUAUUGUGGUAGAACUGGCUGGUUCUUUUCCUUAUGAGAUUUGUUUGUAGUCAUUUCAGUACCCUUUUUUUUUUUUUUGCUGUACCUAUAGUGUGGAAUGUUUGUUUGUCUUACCUUUAAAAAUUUUUAUAUGCUUUGGGGCCUAUGUUCUUGAGUGGAAAUGGAACAUAGAAGUUCCAUUGAAGGAGCGUGCCUAGAUUGUGCCAUGAUUAGAGAUUCUCCACUAGAGCUAGCUUGAUUAAUGGAAAAACAUAUAUAAAUGUAUGAUCCAGCCAUGUGCAUUUCAUCA